AUGUCUAACAACCUCACGGCAGCAGAGACACAAUGGCUCGCCCAGUUGACUGCCAUGCGAGAAGCAAUAGAGAAGUUGAACCUGCCGCAAGAUUCGGAGCCCGUUCUCUAUGGAUCAGACUUGAAUUUGAGCGACGAUGACUUCUCCUCGCAGCCAGGAACGGCCGACGAUAUUUGGGAUGUGAUCAGUGAUAGUGGUGAAAGCGACGAAUAUGACGAUAUCAACGGUGUCGCCCUGCUGGCUGUGCCUGACCAUGGACAGGGGCAAGAGUACGACCGCCGCUGGCUAGAAAAGAAGUGUGAAUCGAUUGCUCAGGCUAAAGGAGGUCUAAACGGAUCCGAUCUACAGCAGCAGCUGGAAGCCCUUCUUGCUUCGGACAUGUCUUCUGACAAGCUACAGAUAGCUCUGGCAGAGAUAGUGGGCUUUGAUGAUCUAGACUUCGUUAUCGAACUACUAUCCCACCGUCAAGCCAUCCUCGCUAGCCCUGCUAAGGCUAAUGCAGCGACAACGACGAUAGGGAGGCUGCAAACCCGCGCUGAGCGAGAGGAGGCUCUUCGGCAACAAGAUUAUGAGCAUAAGCAUGCUCAACUUGCAACAAGACAGGAUCGUGAUGGACCCCAUUACCCUCAUGUCUAUAAAUCUUACCAGGCAGGGAACACUCUGUCUGUGAAUGGCCGAAAAUACGGAUUACCUGUCGGGACUAUCCACAGGGAGGAACCUCUAUAUACCGAAUAUGCCAUCCCUGCAUCAAAGGUUGGGACCCUAGGGGUCGGUCGCAAAUUAGUCCCGAUAUCAGAGAUGGAUGCUCUAUGUAGAGGUACAUUCCAAGGAUAUAAGACCUUGAACCGCAUGCAGAGCUUGCUCUACUCUGUCGCAUACAAAACGAACGAAAACAUGCUCAUAUGCGCGCCGACGGGAGCCGGUAAGACGGAUGCUGCCAUGCUUACCAUUCUCAACGCCAUAGCUCGACAUACAACUCCGAGCCCACUGGAUGAACCUGAUGCAUCCGACUUUGUCGUUCAAGUAGAGGACUUUAAAAUUGUUUACGUUGCCCCAAUGAAAGCCCUCGCCGCUGAGGUGACAGAGAAACUGGGGAAGCGCUUAGCAUGGCUUGGAGUUCAAGUCAGGGAGCUUACUGGAGAUAUGCAAUUAACAAAACAGGAGAUUGUUCAGACUCAAAUUAUUGUUACUACCCCCGAGAAAUGGGAUGUGGUCACAAGAAAGAGUACUGGCGACACAGAGCUCGUACAAAAAGUUCGACUUCUAAUCAUUGACGAAGUGCAUAUGUUGCAUGAUGAGCGUGGUGCUGUGAUUGAGUCUCUUGUAGCUCGAACUCAACGUCAGGUCGAAAGCACCCAGUCAUUGAUCCGGAUUGUUGGACUCUCUGCAACUCUCCCAAACUACCUCGAUGUGGCAGAUUUCCUCAAGGUUAAUCGCAUGGCUGGCCUUUUCUUCUUUGAUGCUUCGUUCCGCCCAGUCCCGCUCGAACAGCAUUUUAUCGGAGUAAAGGGAGACGCUGGAUCCAAAAAAUCUAGGGAUAACCUUGACAAAGUUUCUUUUGACAAAGUAAGGGAGAUGCUUGAGGAGGGUCACCAGAUCAUGGUAUUUGUUCACUCUCGAAAGGACACAGUUAACACCGCUCGCCUUUAUGCGAAACUUGCCAUGGAAGAGCAAUGCGCCGAUCUCUUUUCCCCACUCGACCACGAAAAUUAUUCCCAAGCGCUGAAAGAUCUCAAGGGCACCCGUGCUAGGGAGCUAAGGGACUUAGUGCCAAAGGGGAUGGGCACGCAUCAUGCCGGCAUGUCACGCUCUGAUCGUAACCUUAUGGAGCGCCUCUUUUCACAGGGCGUUAUCAAAGUCCUAUGCUGUACAGCUACUCUGGCUUGGGGUGUAAAUUUACCCGCCGCUGCCGUUAUUAUCAAGGGGACCCAAAUAUACAGUUCGCAAGAGGGAAAGUUUAUUGACUUAGGGAUACUUGAUGUCCUUCAGAUAUUCGGCCGAGCUGGUCGACCUCAGUUCCAGGACACGGGUAUUGGAUUCAUUUGCACGCCGCAGAAUAAGCUGCAACAUUACAUAUCCGCAGUAACCUCCCAGGAGCCAAUUGAAUCCAGAUUCUCCCGCAAACUGGUGGACAAUCUCAAUGCCGAAAUAGCGUUAGGAACUGUGACUUCGGUCACUGAAGGCGUUCAGUGGCUGGGUUACUCUUAUCUAUUUGUCCGAAUGAGGCGGAAUCAUUCUGCUUAUGGCAUUGAGUGGAACGAAAUCCGUGACGACCCCCAGCUUGUUCAGCGACGACGUGAUCUCAUCAUUAAGGCGGCUAGGGUACUUCAAAAGAGCCAGAUGAUUAUAUUUAAUGAAAAUACGGAGGAGCUGCGAGCGAAAGAUGUUGGUAGGAUUGCUAGCCAAUAUUAUGUCCUCCAAACGAGCGUGGAGAUUUUCAAUUCCAUGAUGAAUCCUAAUGGUAGCGAUGCGGAUGUCAUGAAGAUGAUCAGUAUGAGCGGAGAGUUCGACAAUAUACAGUCAAGAGACAACGAAUUCAAGGAGCUAGAUCGCCUACGCGAAGAAGGAUUGCGGACCGAAGUUGAAGGUGCCAACGAUACUGCGCAUGCAAAGACCAAUAUCCUCCUUCAGUCUUAUAUCUCCAGAGCUAGGAUUGAGGAUUUCGCCCUCGUCUCGGACUCAUCAUACGUCGCGCAGAACUCCGCUAGGAUUUGCCGAUCUCUUUUUAUGAUUGCGUUAAAUCGACGAUGGGGAUACCAGUGUCAAGUCCUCCUGUCCACCUGCAAAUCUAUUGAGAAACAGAUAUGGCCAUUCCAACACCCCUUCCACCAGUUUGACUUACCUCCUGCUAUCUUAAAGAACCUUGACGAAAAGUCUCCCGCGUCAUCGAUUGAAUCGAUGAGGGAAAUGGAUACUGCAGAGCUUGGCCAACUCGUGCACAAUACCCGCAUGGGAGGAACCUUAAAAAAGUUACUAGAUAACUUUCCAACCUUAAGUGUCGACGUCGAGAUAUCACCCUUAAAUAGGGAUGUCCUUCGUAUUCGCCUCUAUCUCUACGCAGAUUUCCAGUGGAACACACGACAUCACGGUACAUCAGAACCGUUUUGGGUAUGGGUGGAAAACUCAGAAACUGCAGAGAUAUACCACCACGAAUACUUCAUUUUGAAUCGAAGAAAACUCAAUGAUAGCCAGGAGCUGAACUUUACCAUUCCGUUGUCGGACCCCCUGCCAAAUCAAAUUUAUGUCAGAGUGAUUUCGGAUAGAUGGCUCGGCGCUGAAACUGUUGCGCCGGUAUCAUUUCAACAUCUUAUUCGUCCGGACACGGUGAGCGAAUAUACUGAUCUGCUAGAGCUACAGCCUCUUCCAAUAUCAGCCUUAAAAAAUCCUUCCCUUGAGCACGUUUAUGGAAAGAGGUUUGAAUACUUCAACCCAAUGCAAACGCAACUCUUCCAUACGCUAUACCACACUGACAUGAAUAUCCUGCUGGGAUCUCCAACCGGUAGUGGGAAAACUGUCGCGGCAGAGUUGGCCAUGUGGCAGAACUUCAAGGACAAACCAGGGUCUAAAGUUGUCUAUAUUGCUCCCAUGAAAGCGCUUGUCCGAGAGCGUGUUCAUGACUGGCGAAAUCGGCUCGCGGCUCCCUUGGGUCUAAAGUUGGUCGAGUUGACAGGUGAUAAUACCCCUGACACUAGAACUAUCAAAAACGCCGAUAUUAUUAUCACCACACCAGAGAAAUGGGAUGGUAUAUCUCGAAGCUGGCAAACCAGGGGGUACGUCCGGCAAGUUGGGUUGGUUAUUAUUGACGAGAUUCACCUUCUCGCUGGCGAACGUGGGCCCAUCUUGGAAAUUAUUGUUUCAAGAAUGAACUACAUUGCAUCCCAAUCCAAAGGCUCUGUUCGAUUGUUGGGCAUGUCUACGGCGUGUGCCAAUGCUAGGGACCUUGCCGAUUGGUUGGGAGUGAAGAAGGGACUUUAUAAUUUUAGGCACUCUGUUCGCCCAGUUCCUCUAGAAAUCUUUAUCGAUGGGUUUCCUGAACAAAGAGGUUUUUGUCCUCUUAUGCAGUCUAUGAACAGGCCCACGUUCCUUGCGAUCAAGAAUCACUCGCCUGAUAAACCCGUCAUUGUCUUUGUGGCAUCUCGUCGACAGACACGCCUUACAGCAAAGGAUCUAAUUAACUAUUGUGGAAUGGAAGAUAACCCUCGGAGGUUUGUCCAUAUGUCUGAGGAAGACUUGGAGCUUAAUAUAGCUCGAGUCAAGGACGCGGCUCUACAGGAGGCCUUGAGCUUUGGAAUUGGCCUCCAUCAUGCAGGACUUGUGGAAUCAGAUCGACAGUUGGCAGAAGAGCUAUUUGCCAACAACAAAAUUCAGAUAUUGAUCGCCACAAGUACACUUGCGUGGGGUGUCAACUUGCCGGCUCACCUAGUUGUCGUGAAAGGAACGCAGUUUUUCGAUGCAAAGUCGGAGGGCUACAAGGAUAUGGAUCUUACUGACGUCCUGCAGAUGCUUGGACGUGCAGGCCGACCACAAUUUGACACAUCAGGUAUAGCUCGUAUUUUCACACAAGAUGCGAAGAAGGCAUUCUAUAAGCAUUUCCUUCACACCGGGUUCCCUGUGGAAUCAACCCUGCAUAAGGUUCUUGAUGAUCACUUGGGUGCCGAGGUCAGUUCCGGCACAAUCACUACCAAACAAGACGCAUUGGAUUACCUGACUUGGACGUUCUUUUUCCGAAGACUCCAUAAGAACCCGUCAUAUUAUGGUCUUGAGAUUUCUACCGAGGAGCACAAUUCAUCUGCAGCCCGAGAGAUAGUAUCGGAAUUUAUGAUUGAGUUGGUUGACACCUCUCUUGGUGCACUCGCGGAGUCUUCCUGCGUCUUAUUUGACACUGCCACAGGCUUCGUUGACCCAACUCCUUAUGGCAAGAUUAUGAGCUACUACUAUAUUUCACACAAGACUGUCCGAUACUGGAUGACCCACGCCAAGCCCGAUCCAACGUUUGCCGAUGCGCUUGGAUGGAUGUGCAUUGCGACAGAGUUUGAUGAACUUCCAGUCCGGCAUAAUGAAGAUUUAAUCAACGCAGAGCUAGCAAAGAACCUACCACUCCCUACCACGGCUAUUAGUGACCAUUUGCCACUCUGGGAUCCCCAUAUCAAGGCAUUCCUCCUAAUCCAGGCCUUCAUGUCUCGGGUUGACCUCCCCAUCUCUGAUUAUGUUGGGGACCAGACUUCGGUUCUUGACCAAGGUAUCCGUGUUAUCCAGGCUUGCAUAGAUGUUCUUGCAGAGUUGGGCUAUCCAAACGCUUGCUCAAUGAUGAUGACCCUACUUCAAUGUAUCAAAUCGGCGCGAUGGCCAACCGAUCACCCAUUAUCAAUCCUGCCUGGGGUUGAGCCCGAUAUUUUGACGGAGGACAGAGUGGACGUUAACAAGCUUCCAGCCUCACUUGCAAAACUGGUUGCUAUGCCGCAUCCAGCGGUAUCCAGUAUGCUAGAUAUCUUACGCCUAGACCGAUCCACAGCUUCACAAGCAUCGAAGACUGUAUCUAUCCUUCCAAAUCUUGACGUCUCAGUCACGGAUUUGUCUCUUGAGGGGUUGACAGUAGUUCUGAGAAGAAAGUCGAAGCAAUCAGAUAACCAGAGGCAGCCACGCUCGCAUGGAACAGACGGUCACAAGAUCUAUGCACCUAAAUUCCCCAAGCCGCAGACCGAAGGAUGGUUCAUUCUAGUAACAACCGUCAAGGGUCAGCAUAAGGGAAGAGAGGAACUCUUAGCGCUGAAGCGUGUUUCGCUCUCAGCGCCUGGCUCGGGAACCCGAAGUGGUGGCCCUCGUGGCAAAUUAAACGGAGACGCUUCCACGAGAUCAAAGGUUCAUUUCUCAGGGGACAUUGGAUUUAAAAGCAUGGAUGAGAUCAAGGGUAUGGUGACGGUUAGGAUUAUCAGCGAUGCGUACAUCGGGAUGGAGUGGGCUGUUGUGGGUUAG